AUUAAUUUUAAACCGCUUAAAGGAGUAAGUAAACUCGGUGCCGGCUCGUUUGGCGAUGUAUCCCGGGUGAGUCACAAACUAAUUGAACGUGAUUACGCCAUCAAGAUAGUUAAAGUAAAGAAACAGGAUGAUAUUAAGAAAUAUAUGCGCGAGCUAAACGUAUGGUCAAAAUUGCAAUCCCACCAUGUUGUUCAGUAUAUCGCGCACUGGCUGGAGCGCACGGGUGCCGAUCUAGUAUUGACCAUGUACAUUUUGAUGGAUUUAUGCGUGGACAAUUUGCGCAAUUUAAUCACGAUGAAAACUAAAAAAUAUCCACGCCGACAAUUUUUUAACAUUGACCAAUGGGAUUAUUUAAUAUCGUACUAUUUGUUUCUGGAAACGGCAGAGUGCGUUCAUUAUUUGCACACUCACAAACCAACUAUCAUUCACCGAGAUCUCAAACCAAGCAAUAUACUGUUCACAUUUACUCAUAAUAAACUAUGUUUAAAAAUUGGUGAUUUCGGGCUGGCAACUUUACAUAAUGAUGACGUAUAUUCCCAUACGCUUAGUGUUGGUACCACUAAAUAUAUUGCGCCCGAAGUUUACCGUCUGUCCCGCUAUACCACUGCUGUCGACAUUUAUAGUUUGGGUGUUAUUUGCGAAGAGAUAUUUAAUUUUGAUUCGUUAGGCGAUGAAUUGUUGGAAGAUAUGUGUUUCAAGUUAAAGCAUUUUAUCUUGCAACUUACAACUACAAUGCCAUCCGACAGGCCUAACAUCAGGGAAACUUUGGAUAUGUUCAAUGAGUUGGCCAUUGAUGGUAGUUUUGCGUUGACAGAACUUGACUUGGUCAAUGUAAACGAUUUUGACAUAAUGGAUCUAUUAAGUUCAAAUAGCUCGCCAUUUGGAUCAAGAUAUAUAAAUUCGGAUAAUAUACUUGUUAAACACGAAUCGUGUAGCGGGCGAUUCAUUAAGUUGGGUGAUUUUGGUCUCGAAAGCACUUGGUCCCUACCCGGUGACUACCAAUCGCAAGUACAGUCUAUAAGCGGUGAUAGUGACCGAUAUAUUGCUCCGGAAGUAAAGAAUGGCAGUAUUUGUGAUAUUAAAGCCGAUGUCUAUAGCGUUGGUGUUAUUGCCCAACAAUUGUUCAACUUUGAUGUCAAUAAAAUCGGGAAAUUAGAAAACAAAUACAAAGAAUACUAUGGUAAAAUAGAAGAAAUUGUGACCAAGUGCACCAACGGUCUUAUCGCUAAUCGGCCAUCAUGCAUGGAUAUACUCGAGUGUCGGAGCAAAUGGGCACCCGCAUAUGAAAGUGUUAGAGUGGAUAUCACCAUGAUGGGCAUUGAUUCAAGCGUUAAUUACGACCAUGAUAAACAUUUUGUUGAAUAUUUUUUGGCCGUUAAACGCAAUGCUAACGAUUGCGAUGAAAAAUCCGUAAACGACGCAAAAAGCAAAAUGGAGCUCGAGUUGAAUUUUUCAGUAUUUCAAAAUGGUGAACACGAACUAAAGCUAACAAUUAAAUCCAUAGAAUUGUGGUCAAAAUUGGACAAUGAAUAUUUCGUAAAAUACCAUGAUCAUUGGGUUGAAUUUGAAAACGAGCCAAACGACCGUGUGCCAUAUUUGUACAUUCAAAUGGAGUUAUGUUGGCUAUCAUUGGGUACAUUAAUUGAACAAAUGCUUAACUACUUUCAGUCAGAGAAAAAACAAUUGUUUAACCCAUUGGGCUAUUAUAUGGCAUCCGAGAUAAUGGUAGAGAUUGUGACCGCGGUGAAAAUACUACACACUGGCAAACCGCCAAUAAUACACCGUAAGUAUGUAAAAUUGUCGGAUUUUGGCCUGGCCGUUUACCACGAUCCCCAAGCUAUGUCACAUACACAGAAUAAGGGCACUGAACGUUAUAUGGCACCCGAGGUCAGGGGUGGGCGCAGGUAUAAUACUUUGGCCGAUAUUUACAGUCUGGGAAUGGUUGGCCAGGAUUUGUUCAAUUUUGAUAAUAAUACAAUCGGGAGAUUAAACCCGGAUGAUAUGUAUAAAACAAUUGAACACGUGAUCGGCAAUUGCUUAAAGGGUACGGCCAAUGAGAGACCCACUUGUGAACAGAUACUGACGAUUAGCAAUCAAUGGGCCACAAAUGAUUUGGGUAGUGGUGGGUUUGGAUCAGUAGUUAAAGCUCGUGACAAACUCAUUGGCAAAAGUUACGCGAUCAAAAAAGUGCCAAUAAAAUAUCCGGAUCGAUUUGAUAAAUACAUCAGGGAGAUACAAAUAUGGGCGAGAUUACAAUCUGAGUACGUGGUACAAUAUCGCACACAUUGGCUACAAAAUGGCAAUUAUCGCGAUGAGAUUAGGCAUGGUGUUUUUAAAGAUAUACCAUGCCAAAUGUUAUAUAUACAAAUGGACCUUUGCUCGUAUAGUCUAUCUAAAUUUAUCAAGGCAAAAGCUAAUUAUAUUAGGCCAGUCAAAUGUUUGUUUGAGAAUUACGCGAUCAACCAUUAUAUAUUUACAGAGAUUAUGGUGGGCGUAAAAUAUUUGCAUGAUAAUAAUAUUUUACACCGAGAUCUAAAACCGGAUAAUAUCCUUAUAGUUAAUGGUGAUAGAUUGCAGGUUAAAAUUGCCGAUUUUGGCCUGGCUACUUAUCAUCGAGCUGGCCAAUUUGAUAUGACACACACGUCAAGGCACCCAGUGAUACAUAGCGCCAGAAAUAUUUAUGGCACCGGAAUCAUUUUAGAAGACCUAUUUGAUUUUGCCUCAUUAUCUGAAUACGCACUGGAGCCCAACCAUGUUUAUAUCCAGACAGCAGACCUAACGCGGGUCAACCAUAGCAUAGAUGACAACAAUUCUAAUGAUGGUAAUUAUAAAACCCAAUUCAUAGAGGUGUCAGCCAUAGGUUCGGGUGGUUUUGGGACUGUAUUUAAAGUAAAGCAUAGAUUGGAUGAUAAGAUAUAUGCCGUUAAAAGAAUACAAUUUGGGGAUUUUAGUGAAGAAAAAAAGCAAAAGGUUUUGAAAGAAGUGAAAAGUUUAGCAAAACUAGAUUCAGAUUUUGUAGUAAAGUAUUACAACUCAUGGCUUGAGUUCAAUCAUCUCUUCAUUCAAAUGGAGUUCUGUUUACAAAGUCUUAAAUCUGUUCUCAAAGACAAACCGAUUGUUUUCGAGAGACAACCGGAAGACCACAUGAAUAGUGUGUUUGAAUAUUUUAUUUCAUGUGAAAUAUUCAAAGAACUUUUAGAGAGUAUUCAAUAUCUCCACGAAUCCAAACCUCCAGUCAUUCAUCGGGAUCUCAAACCCGACAAUAUAUUAAUUGAUACCAAUCUUAAGGCCAAUCGUUGUGUAAAACUGUGUGACUUUGGUUUGGCCACCGAACACGAUCCCCAACGACACACUGCCAGCCGAUAUGUGCACUCAUUUGUGGGCACUUUUAGAUAUAUCGCACCCGAAGUAUACACUCAUAGGAAAUAUAACCAUAAAUCAGAUAUUUUUAGUCUCUCUCUAAUCGGUGAAGAGAUCUUUAGCGUAGAUUUACAGCCAUCGAUAUCAUUUUCAGCACAAGAAUCGCUGUUUAAUUCAUCGAUAAUAUGUUUGUAUAAAACAUUGCAAUCAAUGAUGAGCCAUGAGUUUAGGCAAAGACCUGAGUGUCGGGAAGUGUUGGCUAAAUAUAACGAAUGGUCUAUUGAUAAGAGUGUUGUCAAGAAUCACAAGAAAAGUGUUGAAUAUCUGCACUCAUCUGAUCCGCCAGUCAUUCAUCGUAAUCUCAAACCCGACAAUAUUUCAAUAAAUCCCAACAUUGGGUCUAAUCGUUGUGUAAAACUGUGUGACUUUGGUUUGGCUACAGUUCAUGACCCGCAACGACACACUGAGAGCCGUUACAAACACUCAGUUAAUACGCUUAACAUACAAAUGGAUCUAUGUUGGUUCAAUCUGGUUGGCGCUAUAAGACGAGUGCAUGACUAUAUUACUAGCUCACCUGGUCAGUCCACACAACGAGCUUGCUACUUUGUAAUCACCGAGCUCGUGCAAGAAAUAUUUAAAGCGUUUCAAACAUUACACGACCAAACACCCGUUAUAUUGCACCGUAAUAUAAAGCCAGAGAAUAUACUAAUCAAGCAUGGUGCCAGUGGCCACAUGGUCAAAUUGGCCGAUUUUGGCAAGGCUACACAGCACUUUAGUAAUUCACAAACACAUACUAUAGGCACCGGCAGUAGCAGGCUACCGACACAAAGGAGCUUGAUAGAUGAGAUUUUGGCUAAUAGGGAAUUAUGGGCCGAAACCUACCUGGAUGUGGGGGAUGAAUCGCCCUGCCUGACCCGGGCAUGCCCGACCCUGCCUGACCCGGGCAUGCCCGACCCUGCC